GAAGAGAGGAAAUUCGAUAUUCAGAUUGAAGGCGGGUGCCCUUAAAACGCCAGAGAAGGUGUUGCUUCAUCCGGCCAAGCUCCCUGCUGCAGUGCAUUGCGACUGCAGCAAUGCCGCUGCAUGCGUCCACCAGGGGUGUUCUCACGUCCCUGGCCGCACUGGCUGCGGUAUGGAUGGUCUAUAACAACCCCUUGCUGGCGCGGAUGCUGCCGUGGCUCACAGGGCAGUGCAGCCCUGAAGUGGGUCCCACCUCUAGGUGGAAUGACUGGUGGGGCAUCGGCUGGUUGAGAUUUCACAACCAGCUGGUUGAUGAAGUUGUGCAGGCAGACAAAGGGGAGGGGUUUGACCUGAUAUUUUACGGAGACUCGAUUACGGAGGACUGGAGGGGCACGUCGGGGGGCGUUCCAUGGCCCAUUGGCUCUGGCAGCGAUGAAGUAUUCCAGAAGCACUUUGCCGCCAAGUAUCGCGCCGGGGUGCUCGCCAUUGCAGGUGAUCAAGUGGGCCAUCUGUGGUGGAGGAUACUGAACGGAGAGCUUCCGGCAGUGCAUCAACCACGGGUUUAUACGAUCCUGAUUGGAACAAACGACCUCAAUGCAGCAGACUGCAAUCAAAAUGAGACCGAGCUACUCGCCACCGUGCCUGGCAUUGCCGCAAGGGUGGGCGAGAUAGUGGGAAUACUGAGGACGGCAGCGCCAAAUGCGCAUGUGCUGCUGCAAGCCGUGCUACCCAGAGGGGCGGCCUGGAUUGGGCUGGCCCAAUGGGAAUGGCCCAAUCGCUUUGCCAAGCCCAUCUGGGCCCUCAAUGCCAAAUUUCAGGAGAUGGCUGCGGCUGACCCCUGGGUACACUAUGUGGACUGUGGACCGCCCUUUGUGCUGCAGACCAAGACCGGCGUUGCUCUUCAUGCGGACCUGCUGCCGGACGGGCUGCAUCCCAAUGCGGCGGGCAUGGAUGUGAUGGCCAGCUGCCUGGAAGCUGCCAUCGAGCCGCUCAUGCACGAAGAUGGCAGCAUCGGAGCGCAGGUUGUGCAUGACAUUAUGACAUCAGAUCUUGUGAGUAGUUUAAAGGGAGCAGCUGCCAACAGCAGCAUCCUGGAGCUGGAGCUUGGCGCCUGA